AUGGCGGGCUUGUGCAGUAAGGAUGCUGUGGUCCUACUAGUUGAUGUGUGUAGGCGUAUGGAGAUGAUGGUGGAUGAUCCGUUGCAUCCGAGUGAGAAGUUCUCGGCGCUUGUGCGAGCACAACUGAUGGCCAGCCUGAUGGUACAGCAGCGCAUAUGCUACAGGGCACAGGACUUCAUUGGACUGGUGGUGUUCGGUAGUGAUUAUUCCGAGAACUCCCUGAUGAAUGCUGAG